CUCUCUCUGUCAGUGGGUGCGCUCUCGGUGCGCUCUGCGUCGUCACUGAAGUUGCCUGAUCCGCUGCUGCCACACGAGCGGGGAGCUCCAAACACUCACCCUCUCCAGAGGAACCAAAAAAAAAAAAGAAAAAGAAAGAAAGAGAAGGAGAAAAUGUAUUUCGGUACGGAUUUCACAGCUGAAAUGUCUUCAGGAUGGAUAGAUACGGAGAUAGAUGCAUGACAGACGCGGGUAAAAACAGAGAAAUGUUGCAUUUCACCAAACACCAAACCGGGAAGAGAAGGAGGACGAUGCUGUGAGUCCUGGGAGGUUUCCUAACCAUCUCGGAGCUUCGCGGGACACACACACACACACACACACACACACACACACACACACACACACACACACACACACGGGGGCAAGAAGAACCGGAGCAAAAAAAAGGGGAGAUGUUCAAAGUUAGACCGUGUCGUCUACAAGUGCGAGACCCGCAACAGCUGCAGCAAAUGAGCAUGAAUUGAACGAAGAAUGCAUGCCGUUUGGGAUAUAUCUGUGAUUCUGCAAACAUAUAUCAUCUGCACGUCAUCAGCUCAGCCGAUUACAUCCAAGCUCGAUGCAGGUUGGUGGGCGUAUAAGGACGUCGUCCAGGGCACCUUUGUUCCAGUCCCAUCCUUCUGGGGUCUGGUGCACUCCGCCUGGAACCUGUGCGCCAUAGGGAAGAGGCAGUCACCCAUCGACAUCGAGACCAGUCACAUGAUCUUUGACCCGUACCUGACCCCUCUGAGGCUCAACACAGGAGGACGCAAGAUGGGAGGCACCAUGUACAACACGGGAAGGCACGUGUCUCUGCGGCCGGACAAAGCCCACCUGGUGAACAUCUCAGGGGGGCCGCUGGGUUAUAGCUACAGGCUGGAGGAGGUCCGCCUCCACUUUGGGAGCGAGGACUCCCAGGGUUCAGAGCACCUCCUCAAUGGACAGGGCUUUCCUGGAGAGGUCCAGCUGAUCCAUUAUAACCAGGAUCUGUAUGCCAACUACACUGAGGCCGCCAAGAGCCCCAACGGCAUCGCUGUGGUCUCCAUCUUCAUAAAGCUCUCUGAAAACUCCAAUGCCUUUCUCAACCGCAUGCUCAAUAGAGACACCAUCACCAGAAUCAACUACAAACAUGAUGCAUUCUUAUUAAUGGGCCUGAACAUAGCCGACCUUUACCCUGACACCACACGUUACAUCACCUACGAGGGCUCCAUCACCAUCCCUCCCUGCUACGAGACGUCCACGUGGAUACUCAUCAACAAGCCUGUCUACGUGACACAGAUGCAGAUGCACUCCCUGCGCCUCCUCAGCCAGAAUGAGCCCUACAAGAUCUUCCUGAGUAUGAGCGACAACACCCGGCCCACCCAGCCUCUGCUGCAGCGCUGCAUCCGAACCAACAUCAACUUCAGCAAGCAGGGUCGAGACUGCCCCAACAACCGCGCCCUCCGCCCACAGUACAGAGUGAAUCAGUGGCUCCUGAAGUAGAAGAUAAAAAAGAUGUCAAGCUGCAGGGCCACGAGAGGAGAGGCAGAAUUCAUUCAAGUCUAUUUCACACUGCCAAACCGAGCCGAGCCUGCUGUUUGACCUGAACUGAAUGGGAGGCAAACUCGCUGUGCUUUACUUAAGACAUCUUAACUACACUGAUCUCAGCUGCUCAGCUGACCGAACUCCAAACAAUCUUCUGUGCUGGCCUCCCACACAUGUACAAUGUAAACACAGCUCAUGUGGGCCAGCACAGCGAGGGUACUGACCAGACUUUGAGUCCAAAGUCUACUCCCUUCUGUGUUUUUAUUUGUUGUGUUAACUUACAAAGACUGGAGAUGUAAAGCCAUUCAAUCAUUUUCUUUGGCAGGUUUUCAGACGGAUAGAUGUUAUUUAAAGACUAGUAUACUAGUAUACUUAGAGUAUACUCCGUUUGCCUGCUCGUUCAUGCCUACGCAAGGGAAAUUAUGGAAAUGAUCAUCCAUCGACUGGAGGAAUUAUUACAUUUCCAUUGAUGGUCUGAACUCCUGCAACAAAGAAACACCCAACUGUGGUAUGAUGAGAGAUAUAAAAAAAAUCUGCUGGGUCUGAUAUCACAUAAUAACUAAAGAAGGUAAUUUUCAAAGAUAAUUUGAAAUGUGUGAAUUGCAGGCUACAUAGCUGAAGGGGAAGAAAAAGAGAGGGAGAGACUGCAACUCUGAUAUUUUACAGUCCUGAACAGAUUUAUGUAACUGAAGAUUGGAAAGGUAUAGGUCAAUCAUUUUGCAUGAUUUUACAAUAGUUCACUUGUCUUUAAGUUAACUUGUUGAUUAAAAAGUGAUGACAGAA